AUGGCCAAUGAAGAUCAGUCCCCUUAUUCGAACGAAGAGUAUACUGUGGGAUGGAUAUGUGCGCUGCCAGUGGAGUUCGCCGCGGCGAAAGAAAUGCUUGACGAGGAGCACGGCAAUCCGCAAAUGCCACCAUCCAAAGCUGACUGUAACUCGUACUUGCUGGGGUCUAUCGGUAAAUUCAAAGUUGUUGUUGCUUGGCUGCCCCUUGACCAACUGGGUGCCGCCUCUGAUGCUAUCUGUGCAAAAGAAAUGCUUUUCACUUUCCCAAAGAUCCGUGGACUUCUUGUUGGCAUUGGAGCCGGCAUUCCAGGCGUCGGCGACAGUCCUGAUAUUCAUUUGGGUGAUGUCGUGGUCAGCUCCAGUAAGGAAAGUGGAGGUGUCGUUGUCUAUGAUUUCGGGAGACAACUCGCGGAUGGACUGCACAUGGAUGAUCUGAUGCCUCUAAUUACCAAAGCAAGCCUCAGGAGGGCUUUAAAUAAUUUGCCACAGGGUGCCAAUAAAUUGACGGUGACCUAUGAUCGGACUAUUGCCAAGAUUGAAGCUGAUCGGGGGGUCGGGGACCGAUACGAGUUGGUCAUAGAAAUCCUCUCAUGGUUAACCUACAGUAAAAGAGCACUAUAUGCUAAAGAACUUCAACAUGCACUCGCCUCGAGACCAGAGCACUUUAACUUGGAUGAAGACUUUCUACCGCAUCUCAAAACACUUGGGUCAUUGUGUGCUGGAUUGGUAGAGUAUGAUGUAUAUACCGGUAUCAUUCGCUUGGUUCAUUACACCACAAAGCAGUACCUGGUUGGACAUCCCAUACUUCAGGAAGCAGAAAUGAAAAUUGCGAAGGCAUGUAUAACAUAUCUUCCUUUCGGUUGUUUCUCCUCUGGACGCUCUUCUGGACCAGAGCAAUACACGCUUCGACAAAAACAAUACCCCCUUCAUCAUUAUUCUGCUCAAAAUUGGGCAACUCACGCAUCAGCCGCCUUGGAUAGCUCUAGCUCUGAAGACACAUUAAAAUUCUUUUCUCAGUUCUUAGAGAAGGAAUACAAUGUGUAUGCAGCUGGUCAGGCAAUGCUGGCGCAUUCCGUUCAUGGUGACGAGGAGCCGCAGUUUGCAAACUGGUUGGAUUUCAUUCCACGCCGGCUGACCAAGAUUCAUCUUGUUGCGUACGGUGGCCUAGCUCCAAUGAUAGCUAAGUAUAUCAGAUCAGGCAACGAUAUAAAUGCCAGAGACUCUGAUGGCAUGACACCACUUGCAUACGCUGCUAAAUAUGGUCACCUUGAAGUCGUGAAACUUCUUUUGGAUUCCCGUUCAAGCUUUCCAGGUCCUGCAGACCAGUAUGGCGAAACACCACUAUUGAUCGCAGCCUUUCGAGGCCACGGGGAAAUAGCUCGGCUUCUGAUUCAGCAUGGUGCCAACCCACAUGCCAAAGAUGACUCGGGGUGUUCGGCACUUUGUGGUGCAGCGGAGACUGGAGACAUCGAGUUAAUGCAAUUUUCGAUUGACCUGGGAGUAAGGAUUGACAAUCUCUGCUCAUGCGAUAACGAUAGCCAGACUUCUCUCGCGCAUGCAUUCAGGUCUGGAAAGAUUGAGGCAGUACAAUUUCUAUUAUCGCAAGGCGCUGAUCCCGACGUGCAAGAUGAAAUGGGAGACACACUUCUUUGCGACGCAGCGGUAUCUGGCGACGAAGACAUAGUCAAUGAGUUACUUCGAAGAGGCGUUCGAGUCAAUAUCACGGGUAGUUCAGGUUUUACGCCUCUCCACUAUGCUGCCAAGGGAGGUUCUGUCAAUAUAGUCAGGGCGCUCAUAAAUGCUGGUGCGUAUUUGAAUGCUCAAGAUAGCGGUCUAAAUAGCCCGCUGGCGUAUGCGAUCAUGCAUGACUUCAACGAAGCUGCACUGCAUCUACUCAGAUGUGGUGCAGAUCCGAAUCUUAAAGAUAGAAAUGCAGAGGUCGCUCUCUUCCAUGCCACCAGGAAAUGCAAUGUACAGAUGGUCGUUGCAUUAUUGGAGCAUGGGGCGGACCCGAAUCCUUUGAAUAAAGAACACCAGUCUCCUCUCUUUCUCGCAGCAGGCCGAACUGACACGGAAAUUCUGAAGUGCCUUCGACGCUUCAAGGCAGACCCGAGAAUCGAGAACAAGCACAUGCAAAGCCCUUUGUUCCCUGCGGCAAGAAAUGGAAACUGUUCAGUCAUCGACGAAUUGAUCGACAUGGGCCUGGAUGUCGAUAAAACAGAUGAUAAGGGCAACACGCCGCUCUUUUACGCUCCUGAGAGUGCUCGAUUCGGGCGGAUUUCAAUUGUCAAGCUCAUGUUGGAAAACAACGUUGAUCCAGACCCAAAAAAUAUCGAUAUGGAGAUACCACUGCUAUGCGCUGCAAAGGGUCUAUGCCCUUAUUCCCCACGACGUGAAGACUGGGACGUUGCAGAAAAUAGCAGGGCUGUAUCACUUCUUCUUGAUGCCGAUGCCGAUGCUAACCCUCAGCGUUCUUUGGACAGUAUAAGUUCUACCUCAGAAAAUCAGGUUCUGGCGCCGUUGUUUUAUGCAGUCAAAGGAGGAUACUCUGACUUGAUUAAGGCCUUCUUGAAGAAGGGGACACAGGUCUACCUUUCUCCAAGGCAGGUGCAGAUAAUCCUUGAACAGGCCAUUUGCUUGGGACACCGCAAUAUGCUAGAGAUGAUGAUAAAAGAGGGACCCAUCACAUUAAGGGAACGUGCAGAUAUCCCAGCACUCGUGAUUGUGGCAGCAAAAUCAGGAAAGAAGGAUAUAUUGGAAUACCUGAUGGUGGAGCAUUCAGUCUCUCCAGAAACAAAAAGCACGACGAUACUAUUUGCAAUGUCUAACAAAGAAGUUGAGACUGCACGCUUCCUCUUACACCACGGAGUAAAGGCAACUCUGCUCACUGGCAAGGCUCAAUCUGCCCUUCACCUUGCUGUGUUUUGUGGAGACCUGGGUUUGGUUAAUCUACUGACAAAAGAAGGGAUGAAGAUUGAUGUCAAAGACAAACAUGGUCGCACGCCGUUGUUUUAUGCGGUCCAGCGACGAGAGCUCAAUAUUGCACGCACUUUACUUGAAGCAGGUGCUAAUCCUAACACCACCGAGGCAGGAUAUCUUGAGCCAUUACGGUACAGGGACAAAGUCGUCUCAGUGCCGCUGAAAGAUCUGGAGGCUCGGAACACUGCAAACUGCUUUGGAGAUACAACGCCCCUAUUCUAUGCCGCCGGUGACGGGAACGAUAGCAUGGUAGAGUUACUACUUGAUUACAAAGCUCAGGUGGAUCCACAAGACCAGUUUGGUGAAAAGCCAAUCUGCUGGGCAGCUGGGAAAGGAUACGAGGCUAUUGUGAAAAUACUACUUGACAAGGGCGCAAAUCCCAAUCAGCCGGAUAACCCUUCUCAAUCCCCUAUUUUUUGGGCUUUGAAACUUCACGAAGAAUCUCUUUCGCAGAAGAUCAGCAGGGGCAGAGGCUCGGGAUCAUGGCCCAAUUUUGGGGUCGGAGACAUGUCAGCGGUGGUAGAAGUAUUGCUUCAGCGCGGUGCAGAUCCCAACAUCGUGGAUGAGAAAGGGCGCCCACUUAUAUCAUUAUUGAUAGAUCGUGACGUCAAUUCGAGGAACAUAGUGGAGUCGCUGCUUGGAGCGGGUUGCAAUCCUAACGUGAAAGAUCGCUAUGGUAGGACUCCAUUGAUGGGGGCUGUCGUGCGAGAUAUGCUCGAGUUUGCGAGUGCGUUGUUUGAAGAUCCGAGUCUUGAUCGCGAGGCAACCGAUAGCUUCGGUCGCACGGCCAUAAAAGAGGCUAUUUCGAGGGAAAAACCGUGGUUUCUACUGCUCUUGGAUCCUCAGCGGUAUAGGUCUAUGGUGAGGGUCAAUGGAAAAGAGAUCCCCAGUGAUGGAAAACUGGUGAUUUAUCAACAAAGAGAGGGAAAUAGUCUCUACGACACACCUCCUGGGACAGUAGAUAUCCACACGGAGCUAAGAUUUGAGGACCCAUGGUGCUCAGGAAUCAGGGAUGCGUUUAUCAUGAUGGUGGAUAAUUCUGACCGCGGCGUGUGUUGCGAUGUUUGUGGAGCACGCACUCCGCGCGAAGCUGCCCUAAACUGUACAAUUUGCAAUGAUGGAGAUUUCGAUCUCUGUGUGGAAUGCAAAAAGUGGGGAGCGGCUUGUUUCGAUGACGAGCAUGAAUUGGUCAAUAGGCAGCCUCUACAGAACAGGGGACAGUAUUUUCUAAUGGGUUCUAGCUUGCAUGAUUAUGACUGA